ACAUGAAACUCGAAUUUACUCGUUAACGCUCCUCAGUUGUAACUUGUGUAACUUGCAAAUGCCAAUAGAGCAAUAGAGUGUAUCACGUUUAAUUGCUUCAUGGAAGGAAGAGUACUUAACGACUAACGAAAGUUUAAAGUUACUUGAGUAUCAACGAGUUAUUUAAUUUGCGCAGCUUUGACAAUGUCUAUCUACCGAUCAGGUGUUUGGUUUGUGAAAGGCCUCAGGGAAUAUACAAAAAGUGGUUUCCAAUCAGCUUCAAAAAAUUUCAAUAAUGCUGAUCUUGAGGUCAAUGUUAAUGGCAGAGCCUUCAUGAUAACUGGAGCAAACAGUGGAAUAGGAAAGUGUGCAGCUAUUGCUAUUGCCCAAAAAGGUGGUAUUGUACACAUGGUGUGUAGAGAUGUGACUCGCGGAGAGGAAGCCAGACAGGAAAUCAUCACACAGACAGGCAACCAGGAUGUGCACUUGCAUCAACUUGAUAUGUCCAAGCCUAGAGAUAUAUUUAAGUUUGCCAAGAGCUUCAGAGAAUCAGGAAAAGUCCUUGAUGUCUUGAUUAACAAUGCUGGCUGUAUGGUUAAUACAAGGGAAGUUACUGAGGAUGGUUUGGAAAAGAAUUUUGCUACAAAUACUCUAGGAACCCAUGUCCUGACUACUGAACUGAUUCCUCUGUUGUUGGAGAGAGAGAAACCUAGAGUGAUAACUGUUUCAUCUGGAGGAAUGCUAACCCAGAAAUUAGAUACCAAAGAUCUACAGUUUGAAAAGAUGCAGCCUUUUGAUGGCACCAUGUCUUAUGCUCAAAACAAGCGUCAACAGGUUGUCAUGACAGCAGAGUACGCAAAACAGUAUCCCAAGGUGCACUUCUCCAGUAUGCAUCCAGGAUGGGCAGACACACCAGCGGUGCGGUCAGCUAUGCCCAGUUUUUAUGAGAAGAUGAAGACUCGCCUGCGGUCGGCAGAUGAGGGGGCGGACACAGUCGUCUGGCUUGCCCUGUCUGAUGCAGCACUGUCACACCCCAGUGGGCUGUUUUAUCAAGAUCGGACCCCAGUAGCAACACACCUGCCUCUGGCCUGGUCCAAGUCCACCCCCCAGGAAUGUGCCCAGCUUAUGACCCAGCUAGACCAAAUUGCCCAACAGUUCAAGGAAUGAACUUUCAAAACAAUAGUCCCCUAGUCUAAAGUAGUCGUAUCAGUGCUUCAGAUGUGUUCAGUUCAAACCUAAUGAGGCAUUCACCUAAAGAUAAACUGAUUGGGGGAAAGUGCUUACAUGUUUCUGUAUCCUGGUGCAUUUAAAUGUUACUGAGCAAUUGGCUUUUACUUACUGGUGCAGACAGACUGACAGCACAUGUUUUAAUGAACAAAGAUGAACAGAGAUAAGAGAUAAAUGGUUGUACAAAUAGUUUAACUUUAAUAUCUAUAAUGUAAACACUUGUGGUUAGAGAGGAGCAUUAACAUUCCCCCGUAUUUUAUAUUUAUUUAUUGAUUUAUGUUGUACAUAUCAAGCCAGAGCUCAUAAAACUUUACACUUUUUCAGGUACAGAUGUACCUGUAUGUGCAAUAUCUACUUGAUAUAUAUAAAAUUAAAGUGUUUCUAAUCAUGCAUGUAUUGAUUAUAGUGAAUUAAAGUAUGUCAGCAGAGUCCAUUAUAUUCAUGUUGUAUUGUAAAGUGUAUGUUCAUUAAAUUUAUUUUGAUACUGGUAAAGUGUAUGUUCAUUAAAU